AUGGCCUUAAUUCAUAAUCAGAAUGAUUUACAAAACAUGUUUAGUAAAGCGGGAAAGAUAACUUCAGAGAAAUAUAUAGUUUUUCAACGAAAAGAGGAGAUCAUUAACAAUAGGCCCAGGUAUUUCAAAGGGAAAUCUUCAUCAGCUGCAUCUUCAGAAGAGGUUAAUCAACAAGUAGAUAAGAAAAUGCCAGAAAUAUCAAAUAAGAAAUCAUAAGAAUAAAUAACAGAAGCAGAAUUGAUUUAACGCAAAAAUCAAGUCAAACUUUCCUAGCCAUUUUCAAGACAACUGUCCAGAUAAGUAGGCCAUUAUACAAAACUAAGUAAAGACAGCAAACCAUCUUGCGGGCAAUAUCAUGUUAAAUACAGUGAGCUUGACAAGGCAGUUCAUUCAAUACAUGAUUAUGACAAAUCACUCAAGUAAACUAUUCCUCUAGAAGUGCCUGGAAAGCAUGGAGAGCCUGAGAAUACUGAGUAAGUAAUGAAUAAAUACAUUUUUAGCAAACCAAUAGUAGAUAGGCCUCGAUUUUCUAGAACCUGUUUUAUCGAUUUAGUACGAUAAACAUAAAGACCUGACAUAUUUUUUGGAAGACCAACACCUCAUCCUGAUAGAUUUACCUAUUUAAAUGUAACGGAUUCAUGGAGCAAGAUUCCUAGAACACCUUCAGUCUAAUUAGAAAAAUAAUUGUCUAGAGAUCAAAUGAUUAUUUAUAAAAAGAAAUAAUUUGCUCCCGAUUACCAUCCAAAUUUUGAAUUUGGUAAAAAAUAAUUGGGCAGUUGUGGGGCUGCAUUCGAUAAAUUAGAAUAGAGAAAGGAUAUUAUGACUAAAAUACCACCCUAUAAUCAUGAAACUUAUUUUGAAUUUGAUGUUUAUUCUAAGGAUCCAAAAAGUAAGCUUUUUAGAACUCCCACAGCUCCAAAUUUUAAAUAAAUGUUGGAUAGGGAGUCGGAUGGGAAGUCACUUUUGCCAAGCUUUUAUAAAUAUUCAAAUACUCGUAUGGGCAUUACUCAUUUGCAUCAGAAAAUGUUAGAGGUGAACAACUUUAGAGAUGGAAGGUUUCAAACUGUUACUUCAAGCUUCUUACCAAGUAAGGGUUUCAAGAAAAGGCCGCAAUUGGAUGAAUCAAGUGAAGAGAUUGAACAAAUGGAAGAUUAAUGA